AUGCCACGAAGGAAACAACAAGGACCAGAGAUACAGUACAUCCCAGAACUAAUAUCCCACAUCGGCGCCUUUCUCGACCCACCCUCCCUCUCGACCUGUAUCCGCGUCUCAAGACUCUGGCACAACACCCUCCUCCCCCUCCUGUACAACUCCCUCGACGACAACACCUGUGCCUGGCCCGAAAUCUUCACCCACCUCCUCCCCGGCAAGCGAUGGAACCCUGGCGACUGGACUGAGGACUUCAUUCGAGCCGUCCUUCACAAGCAUGGUGGACUGAUUCGACACUUGACUGUUCGAUGGGCGCUCUUCAAUAAUGCCGUCUCUGCUGCCAGUGACGUCGGGGACGGAAGUUGUACAGAGCUGCAGUCGUUAAAGAUCUUUGGAGCUAAUCGGUCAGCGAGGUUCUUGGAGCAGACUUGUUUUAACACGGCUUGGCGGAAUCAGUCAACCUGGGAUCGAGUUGAACCGUUGUUGUCGCCGUUGUUUGCGGGUCCGUUUAGGCCUAUUAUUCAUUCGGCAUGGUUUUGGAGUCAACAGGAUUGGAUUACCUUCCAGCGGUUCUGGAUGUUGGUUUACAACAACAGAUCGACUCUACAAAGACUUCGACUGGAUACGUCGAUAGGACGGAUGAAGGAUCUAACGGAGGAGUUUUAUGAUAUGCUGGCAUCUUGUCCUCGAUUGACAUACCUCGAGAACUAUUAUCAACCUCUGGACCUGGAACACCUUCUGGACAGGAUGCCGCAGCUGCACCAUUUCGUUGACCACUUCGCUCUCCUCAACGGAGGUGCUCUAUCAAAGUCCAUGCCGCAGCUCCAAACACUCCAGCUGAAGGGCAAACUCUCGCCACGCAGCCUCUUCCUCCUCCUCAAGCAUCUCCCCAACCUUGACCAACUCUACAUCGGCUGGAACUUUGUCGACUUUUCCGUACGCCCUGGCCCGAUCAUGGGUGAUACUAAGAGUCGACUGACGGGGCUCCAUUUCUUGCUCGACUCUUCCAAAACUGCUGACGAUUACAUCGCAACUUCUAUCCUGCCCUGGUUACCCAACCUCAAAGAACUGACGCUCUCUCAUUUGGGCCCUUGUACAGCAUCUGCUAUUCCCGUACACUGCCGGUCCUUCGAAUCCUUCAAGCAACUGGUCACCUCCUCGUCCAUCCACCCCAGCUACCACAUGAGAACUACCGACAACACCAUCGCCAUCCUCCUCGAGUCCUGCCCAAACUUGAAAUCCAUCGACGCCAUCCAACACAUCCUCCAAACCAACUACCUCAUCUCUUAUCUCCCAACCUGGCCCUGCACAAAGACUCUCGAACACCUCCGCUGCCAGAUCAGAGGCAUCUCCCGCCUCGCCGACGCAGACCAAGAGUUCUCCUAUCGCCAGGCACUCAUCAACGUCAUGAUCGACCAACCCUUGACUCCAGACCAAAAAGAAGCCCAAGACAUCUAUGACUUUGGCCAUGUCGUCCAACAACCCCUCCUUUUCGCCCGCCUCGCUCAAUUGACAAACCUCAAGGUCUUGGAUAUAGGCAUGGAAUACCGCAAGAUCAAUGCAGUAUACGGGAGGAGUAAGCCAUAUUACAAAGUGGGUGCAAAACGAUACGUCGAUUAUGGAGGCCCACUCCCCGACACUCUCGAACUCACACUGGCUUCAGGAUUGGACAAGUUGAAAACGCUAAAGAAACUCGAAGUGUUUGGUUUCGAGGGAUGUAACCAUAGGAUAGGACAUGAAGAGUUGGAGUGGAUGGUAGAAGCUUGGCCUAGACUGAAGGAGAUGAGGGGGUUGCAGCCGGUGAGGUUGCAUUGUCUGGAGCGAGAUAUCCCGACGGAGCGUUUGAACCGGUAUAUAAGAAAGUUGAAGCCAGAUAUCAAGCAUCGACGGUACCCACUUCCAACCGCAAAAUGA